AUGAAAAAGGGGUGUGACAAUGGUGAUACUGGUGACGAUUGCGUUGAUAGUGGCAGUGAUGAUAGCGGUGAUGCUGGCGGUGUUAGCGGUGAUAGUGGUGGUGAUGAUCAGCGGGGUGUGACAGCGGUGAUAUAUAAUGGUGAAGAUAACAUUAAUAGUGGUGGUGAUGACAGUGGUGAUACUGGCGGUGUUAGCGGUGAUAGUGAUGGUGAUGAUAGCAGUGAAAGUGGUGGAGACACCAUAUAUAAAAAAAUUCAAAAGAUAUUAAGAAGGCAACACACCCUAAGAGCAGUGAGUUCUUGUUCAGUUAAAGUCUUUGGCUCUUCGACGGAUGGCGGUGGUGAUGGUGGAGGUGUUGAUGAUGCUGAUGAUAGUGGUGAUAUUAGGGAUGGUGAUGGUGUUGAUAGUGGUGGUGUUGAUAGCAGUGAUACCGGUGAUGAUAUUGGUGGUGAUGAUAGUGGUGAAUAUUGCUGUGUUAGCGGUGAAAAUGGUGGUGAUGAUAUAAAUACCAUAACAAAUUCGAUUAUCGUAGAUAAAUAA